CACCUCAACAGGUGCAUGCUGGAUCUGUCAGGCUAACAUGCUACAUGCUACCAAGUCCCAUCGUGGAUAUACUGUAUCCUGCAGCGGUGACUUGUGCUUUCACUGAGGACUUGUUCCCUUCUGUUUGUCACAACGCUGGUUAUUCUAUCACAGAGGAUGAAUGUGGAGCAGAUUGCGGAGGACAUCACGAGGCUCAGGACCCGCAUAAUGACGUACAGACACGCCUUUCUGAUGCGGGACUGAGCUGAUACAACGAUCAAGUAGGACGUGAACAGUGGGUCUGCAGCGCUUCUGUCUGAGCCCCGGUGUCAAGUUCUGUGUGUGGCCGCCUGGAGAAGCUUGAUUUCCCGGAGCCACGCGCUGCGAUGGAGCGCUCUGCUGCAGUGAAGCACUAUAAGGCGGCCAUGUUGCUGAGUGGUGUCGGUGAUGCUCUGGGAUAUAAGAACCAGCUGUGGGAGUACAACGAGUCGGGACCAGCCAUUCAUCAGGAGCUAAAGGAGCUCGGUGGUCUGAAGAACAUCAAGGCCGAGCUCCCUGACUGGCCGGUGAGCGACGACACAGUUCUACAUCUGGCGACGGCUGAAGGACUGGCAACUGGGAAGGCGGGGGAGGAGCUCAUGCAUGAGGUGGCUGCUCGAUAUGUGCAGGGGAUGAGAGACAUGGACGGGAGGAAACCAGGACCAUCAAGCAUUCUGGGAGUGUCCCAGCUGAAGCCUGGAGAGGAAGGGGGCUUCAGAGUGCCCUAUAAUCCAGAGGGGACGGGCUGUGGAGCGGCCAUGAGGUCCAUGUGCAUUGGCCUCAGGUACCCAAAGCCUGACCAGCUGUUGUCGUUGGUGGCGGUUGCCGUGGAGACAGGCAGGAUGACCCACCCUCACCCCACUGGUUUCCUGGGAGCCGUCGCAUCGGCCCUUUUUACCGCGUACGCCGUCCAGCGCCGGCCAAUCACGACCUGGGGUCUAGGCCUGCUCAACGAGGCCUGUCCAAUAGCAAAGUGCUUUAUUCAGGGUCGAGGCUUCGCCGUGGAAGAGACGGAGCGAGACUGGGACUUCUUCUGUGACAAGUGGCAGUGGUACCUGGAUUUCAGAGGCAUCUCUUGUGGGGUGGGGCCUGUGAUUUGGCCCACCUCCUACGGCCCAGCUGAGAGAGACGAAGCCUACAAGAGCUUCAGCCUGUCAGGCUGGGCGGGGCGCAGCGGACACGAUGCUCCGAUGAUAGCGCUGGACGCCCUGCUGGGGGCGGGCUCAGACUGGGAGGAGCUGAUGAGCAGAGCCGGCUUCCACGGAGGCGACAGCGACAGCACAGCAGUGAUUGCCUGCUGCUGCUGGGGCCUCCUCUACGGCACCCAGGGGGUCCCUGAGGGCAACUACUCCAACCUCGAGUACCGGGACCGACUGGAGCGCAGCGCCGAGCAACUCUACGCCCUGUCACACUGAGAAGGCCGCCACAGCCUGCGGCACUGACUGAGUGUGUCCCAACAUCUUGCACCGAGGCGAAACUAGGACACACACUCUGACACAUUGACAUAGAGCUGGUUGACAGCAGUACAUCGAUCCAGAGAGCUGUCACUGAGCCACAAAGUGUGGUGUCAUACUUUGCCUGAAGGUGAAGAAAAGUGCCCCACUAACCCAAAGAGUCAUCUCUGCCACAACAAGGACUGUGUGCCUCAUGAGGCGGGUUUAUAAAGAGGGGGUCCCCCUAGUGACAAUUUUAAAUUAACAUGCAGUAUUGCACCACAGAGUGAAUCAAAUCCAAGCUAAUGAGCAUGUGAAGAGAAUACAAAAAAUCCCCCGGGGAGGUAAUUGCAUAAUUUCUUCAGCCUGACAUUACGGCAAAUGCUCAUCGAGCAUCUAAUUAACUGUGCUCUUGUUAUUGUCUAAUAGAAAUGUAUUUUUCUGUCAUUAUAGCCCGUUACUUCAUGCAGUGCAGAGCAAAACUGUAACAAGUACAGAUGAUGCAAUAAACUGAUCAAACAAAG